AGCCGGAAAAAUAUAUGUUAUGUAUGAAAAAAAAUAUAUCGGAACAUAUAUAUUCAAAGUCACUAUUACGACGCCCAGUUCCGCGUUCAUUUCACGUUUCCGUUACUUCGUCAUCUACAUCAGAUUUUAUUUCUGAUUGAGAUCUCUCGAUAAUCCCUCAAAGUUCUCUAACGAGAUUCCAAACUAUCGGAAAUCUUGAGAUAUCUGCAUAGAGGCAAUCAUUGGCUUAGAUCGAGAGUCGAUCCCUGCAUGAGUAUCCCCGAAUCAACCCACCAGAUAACUCCUAGCCGACAACUCAAAACGACAGUGGUGGGCAGGUAUUCCGGAGCAAGUGGAAUCCGCUACGUGCACUCGAAGCAGUCGAGCGCCGGCCUCUCACCGCGACACAUUUCGUUCCCUCUCUUGGUUCGGCUCUCUCCUUGUCUCUCUCUGUCUCGAGAGUGCAGUUUUCGAAAACGGCUACGACGCUUCGAACGUUUUCUGCAGAACGGAUCCUCCGCAGGACGGGUCCUCCGCAGAACGGAUCCUCCGCAGGAUAGGUCCUCCGCAGAGACAGACGAAAGGGUGGUCCGCUGGAGGGUGUACGUGAAUCUUGCGCACCCCGAGGGAAUCACGUGAUAUACGCGACGAAUCAAGGACUGCGUGGGAAUUUCUGCGAUGGAUCGAUAGACGGCAGGACGGCCACGUGACAUGAGAGAGCGGCUUCGAAAAUGAAAUAUUACAUCCGACGUGAUAGAAGAAAAGAAAAUAUAAAAGAAUCAACGACACGUGACUGAAGUGCCAGUAUGUGAGUUUACGUCGUCGUUUUUAUAGUAAAUAUCAGUGAUAAUGACCCCAUCCAUUCUUCGUAGGAUGAGGAGGAGCGGUAUGAACGGACGAGGAGUCGGCGGCAACGAUAAAGGAGCACUGGUCCUGCUCCUCGUCGCAUUCACUCCUGUUAUCUGCUCCGCCGGAAUCCUGGACCCUUGGCAGUGGGCGCGCAGCGAUCGGAUCGAAGUCAAUAUACCUUGGCUGCCUUUCGAAAACGAGACGCGCUGCUACGAAGAGCUGGGCUGUCUGAACAUCACCAGGAGCUGGUACCAUCUUAUUCACCGGCCCCUUAACGUUUUCCCAUUGCCGCGGGACGUCAUCAACACCAGAUUCAUCCUUUAUACAAAUAAAAAUCCCUUGGACGGUCAAAUACUAAAAGUAGCCAAGGAUAAGUCUAUCGAAAAUUCCAACUUCAAUUCUAAACGAAAAACGAAAUUCAUUAUACAUGGUUUUAUAGACACGCCACUCAGCAAUUGGGUCAAAGAGAUGAGAAGCGAGUUGUUAGUGCAUGGCGAUUACAACGUUAUCGUGGUCGAUUGGGCAGGUGGGAGUUUACCUUUGUACACUCAAGCGACGGCAAAUACGAGAUUGGUUGGACUCGAAUUAGCUCAUCUCAUUAAGCACUUGCAAACAAACUACGGCAUGAAUCCAGAUGAUGUGCACUUGAUUGGACACAGUCUCGGUGCCCACACGGCUGGUUAUGCGGGUGAAAAAUUGAGUGGCAAUAUCGGACGCAUUACCGGUUUGGACCCCGCGGAACCGUACUUUCAAGGGAUGCCGAACCACCUUCGCCUGGAUCCCUCAGACGCUCGAUUGGUGGACGUAAUUCACACCGAUGGAAAGAGUAUCUUUUUCUUAGGUCUUCCAGGGUAUGGAAUGAGCCAGCCAUGUGGGCACUUGGACUUCUAUCCGAACAACGGCAAGGAGCAGCCGGGCUGCACUGAUUUGAGCGAAACCACGCCAUCGUUGCCGCUGACCUUAAUACGCGAAGGACUUGAAGAGGCCUCGCGCGUCCUGGUCGCUUGUAAUCAUGUGCGCGCGCUCAAGCUCUUCAUCGAGAGCAUCAACUCCAAGUGCCAAUAUGUAGCGCAUGAGUGCUCGAGCUACGCAAGUUUCCUGCGCGGCGAGUGCUUCUCUUGCAAGAGCAACAACAGCCUAAGCUGCGGCGUGAUGGGCUAUCACGCUGACACUAGUCCGGCGCUUGUCAAACGUCAGGCCAUGGGACAAGACGUCUCGUCCUUGCUCGGCUCCAAGUUUUUCUUUAUGACCGGCAAGGAAGACCCGUACUGUAGGAGACAUUAUAGAAUCACCGUCAACCUCGCGCGACCGCCGACCGCGGAGAGUUGGGUUCAAGGCUUCAUGAAAGUCACUGUUCACGCUGACAACGGCGUGAUACGCAACAUGGAUCUCACGCCCAGCGGUUACAUGAAGCUGGAGCAUGGUACGACCACGCGGAUAGUCGUUGCCCAUCCGACCGGUUCCAUCGGCAACAUCGGCAAGGUCAGGCGAGUGGAACUCUCUUGGGUGUACGAUAUGGACGUACUUCAACCUAGAUCUCUGUGCUUCUUUUGGUGCAAUGACCGUCUAUAUGUCAACAGCGUCAGCGUGGAUGCCAUGGACCUUCCAGGCAGAGGAAAACGCGAGGUAGAUUUCUCCAGCAAGCUUUGUUCGACUGGCAGACAGGAAUACGCGGAGAUUGCGAGUGGAUCCACUGCCACCUUCGUCGACAAUUGCUGACGAUCGUGUUCCCCGAGGCGCGAGAAACAUUAUUCGGCAGUAAUUAUAAAAUGCCGACAGCUGCGUCCAUCCGGAGACGGAUGACUCUCGAAAGUCACGGGCAAUGAUGAAACGAAAUGAAAAAAAAAAAAAACGCAGGGAGGGGAGAAUUUACUCUGUCAUAAUCACGUAAUUUCUUUCAUCGAUAAUGUACGAUGGGGGAAGAGGCGUUUUAUGUCGUGUUUGGCUUGCUUUCUUUCUAUUUAUCGCGACCGAUCCAUCGCUUUCAAGCACGAUCUCCGACUAGUAAUAAACGCGCUUUGAACUCGAAAAUCUCGUCGGACAAUGAAGAGACUGUCAGUGGGGAUUCGUCACUUAAUCGAAUUCCUAGAGAUUUAUUUCGUCGGCGAAGAGAUCAAAAGCGAAACGAGAUUCGUACGUGAUAGAAUCGUAAAGAUGUACAUUGGCGUAGAAAAAAUAUUUAGCUCGCUAAACGCGAAAUUUUGACGGAAAAGUCUCUGACUUUUCUCAAUUUUUUUUCUGAUAACACGAAUGGUUUUCAGUAUUAAUAUUCGAUUAUGUUGUAACCCGAUAAUAUUAAAUAUAAAUUAUUAUUUUAAAUCUUGUCGAAAUAUGAGUUGUGACAAAGUGAAACAAUUUGGAAGACGAUUGUCAAAGUGUCGAGUCAGAAUUAGUCAAAACUUCGAUCAUAAGUUGUUUUCUAAUUUACUACAAUUCAUUUUUCAGUAUUAUAUAAUUUAUAAUAAUUUAUAUUACAUCGGGUUAUACAAUUACUAUAUGUACAUUGUAUAUAUAUAUAUAACAUAACAUGUAAAACUAAUCUCUCUUUCAUAUGUGAUUAGAGUUUUGCUACUGUAAGGCUCUUACUAAACCGUCGAUCUAUGUAUUAUAUAUACUAAUGCAUAGUUUUUUACGAAAGUUGUCAUUAUCAUAUUGUUUUUCGCGAUACGAAUAUGAUAAUAGCUUGUGAUAUUCUUAUAACUUUAGGAACCAUGAGAAACGCGCAAAGUGCGGUUACUCAAGGAUAAACUGUACUGAGUAAGAAUUGCCCAUAGUCUUUAUAAAUGAACUGUACAAAAAAUAUAUAACGGAAGGCAAUUUUUAUUAGUACCAAGAGUACUGUUUUUGUAAACUUUGUUUUUAUAUCUAUCUGUUGCAAUGUA